CCUAUAUUAUCGUUUUACCUGUCGCGUGCGUUAUACCUUACACAACACACAACAAAACGACGCUUCCUUCCACAGACAGAACAUCUCCUGGCUAGCCACUUUCAAAACGGACACAUUGCAACAAUAAACAGUCAACAUGUCGGACGAGUGGGAUAAUGUCACCAAGAUUGGUAGCCGAGUGCGUGGUGGCGCGGCUUCGCGCGAGACCGUUGUGAGAGGAAAGGGUGCCACCAAUGCUGCAUUCCGUGCUGGCGGUGUAGCGACCGAAAAGAAGUUUGCAUCUGGCAAUGCUGCAAAAGGCAACACCGAAGGUCAGCGCCUCACAAAGGUCGACCGGUCAGAUGACAUCAUCAAGCCCAACACCAUCGGCAAGGAGGUCGGCGACAUCAUCUCCCAGACUCGCCAGAAGAUUGAACCAAAGAUGACCCAAAAGGAUCUCGCCACCAAGUGCAACACCACCCAGUCUGUCAUCGCCGACUUUGAGCGUGGCACCGCCAUCCCCGACCAGAAGAUCCUCUCCGCCAUGGAGCGCGUGCUCAACGUUAAGCUCCGGGGGUCCGGCAUCGGCGAGCCCAAGUUUGGCAAGAAGAAAUAAACGGCAGUUGCGGUCACUUAGAUUGUGAACCGAGUCGACAAGCGCCUGGGGAAAUGAACAACUAUGCUGAUGGAAAACAGCUUCCGUCGAGAGCUGCGGCAGGCCGAGAGUGAGAGGCUGUUAUGGAGACGACCAGUCUGAGACCGGUGGCUGACGGACACCUGGUGUAUAGUCUGCAGGAGGAAGGGUCAGAAUUCCCCUUACUCCAAGUCCCUGAGGACGCAAUUCCAUCGUCGCUUCCAGGGCAUUUUAGGAGUUCCAUGCAAGGCGUUAUAGCAUCAUGAGAUUGCCUCCAUUACCCGUCUUUUCGCGGCUCAUAGACGUCCUCAAUAGAAAAAAGGUUGCCUCGCCACGCUUUAGGAUCACACCAUUUUUAUUUCUUUUGGUUCUUCCUCGUCCUCAACACCCGUUAUUUCCUAUAAUUCUGUUUCCCUCGCAAACAAAACAGACCUAUUUCCCAUCG